AUGUCCUCCUCCUCCUCUGGUCAGUACAGCGGCAGCGGUGGCAACCGAGGCAGCGGCUUUGUGCACCUCAACACUCCAGCCAGCAUCCAGUAUACCGCGGGGAAGACUCUGUCACUUUCCGCUCUGCGUCAGAGCAAGUCCCGCGUGGAGUGCGCUGUGUUGCCGGAAUCGAUGUCUGUGUGGCGCGACGCCUUCCAGCGCUACUCGAAGGAGGAGGGCUACAGCAGCUUCGCCGCUGAUAUUGAAGACGAGCGCACUGGAAACGGACCGAUUCUGCCGCCGCUAGUGCCGCAGCGCGCUGGCCCAGUGCGCCGUCGUGCCGGCAGGGCGCUUGUGCGCACAGAUGCCUUUUUCUGUGCUUCGUCGUCGCCGGCGCCGCUCGGCACUUCCGCAUCUACGGCACACACCGGCGCUGACAGGCCGCCCCUCACAGAUGGUGCCGCUGCCAUUAGCAGCACCGCCACCGCCGCCAGUGCGAGCUCGUCGAGUAGACUCAGUGACAAGGGCACCACUGCGACAUCUGCCGACAGCGUGGCCGAUGGUUCGACUGGGCCUACGGCGAAGCAGCAGCAGGAAGGCAUCCCUAUCGUUAGCCAUCACAAGCUUUUGGGUCGGCAGCAGUUUGUGUACCCCGAUUACGACGGCGUGCUCUCCGCCGGCGUGGUGCCGCAGAUCGUCGUCACAGCUGAGGAAGAGGCGGAGGAGGCGGCGGCGAAGGCCUUCUACAUCUCCCCCCUCACCAUGACGGAGGAGGAGCUGGCUGCCUUCGAGGAACUGCAGGGGCUGUGGAAAAGUCGCGCACGCAGCCACUCCUUCCUUGGCGCGCAGCACCGGAAAGCUGCCAAGGGUGCGGUGGACCCGUCAUCGUCCGCGGACGUGCUGGAGGCGGGCGGCGCGGGGCUGCCCAAGGUGCGCAGGUGCGAAGGAGUGACAGGUGGCGCCUCCCUUUCCGCUCGCCGAGGGAAUGAGAUAGACGUGCCCGCCUACGCCGAGGCCGAGACGGCCGUGGAGGAAGAGUCGAAGCUGGACAAGGAGCUGUCCGAGGCGCUGCGCAUGGCGGAUGACCUCCUGCGCUUUGCUUAG